CAAGAUGAGUUAAUGUUGGGAAAAGAGAACAAGGGAAGAGACGAAGGAAAAUGGUGUAGCAACGACUCGUGAAGUGUGAAAGAUCAAGUACGUGAACAUCUCAGGUUUGUUGUUCGGUAGUACAUCACAGCAGUGCAGAGUGAUCAUCAUUUGGUUCUGAAGAAAUAACAAUGGGAAUGGGUGAGACUCCCCCACAUCAACCUGCACCUGUGCCUCCAACUGGGUUGCUCAUGAAGCGCUGCAAGUUCAUUUGGCGCCUUCUUUUGCUCUCUAAUCUCGCGCUUGGAGCUUAUCUAUUUGCAAGUGCAAAACCAAGAGAUUCGAUGGAGAUUAAUAGAAGAACAGCACAAAAAUCGCAUAAGGGAAAAGCCAGUGUUGAAGUUUCUCCUGAACCCACCACAAGUUCAAUUGAUUUCAAUUAUGAUGAUUUCUUAGUGCCUGUCACAACACCUGUGAAAGUGCAGGCUCCUAUUCCUGAAGAACAACAACGUGAAAUUUUCCAGUGGAUGCUGGAAGAGAAAAGAAAACUGAAACCUAAGAACCCUGUAGAGAAAAAAACAAACUGACGAAGCAAAGGCCAUUCUUAAACAUUUCCUGAGGUCAAAUUCAAUUCCAAAGUUUUAACUUUAACUCUCGUGCUCUAACAUUACCAUAUCACUGACAGAUUAAAUAGUUUCAACCCAACUGCCAGGCUUUAAAUUUGACAAGCUCAUCUCUUCUGAAUUCCAUUGUUUUGCUGGACUAUAAUGGGUUAAUAGCAUUGCAUUUCCUAGAGUUUUAGGAAAACAGGCAUCUUGUCAAACUUAACCUAAUGGAAGUCAUGUAUGCAUAAAAGUGAGCAGUUGGGAUAACUAUAGCCUUCGUCUCAUUUACAUAGAAAACAAGAUAUUGUGCAAGAAUAUUAUUGAGUUGGUAUUACAUCAACAACUUUUAUUGAAAAGGGGAACCAUUAUCUCCUACUACUGGGUCUCUACUUGUCUCAAUUACGUAUUCUUUCUCUUAACAUGUGAUAUAUUAUUGGUUAUGUACCUGUAUGAAUGAGCUACUUGCCAGUUAUUA